AUAUAAUUUUAUGGGAAAUUAAGAAGGAAUGUGUUGUCUUUCUAGAGAAAAGGAGAAUCAUGUUUUGAAUAAUGAAUUGGUUAUAUUUAGAGAAUAUAUGAAUGUAAAAAUAACGGUUAAAUUGGGUGAUAUAUAGAAAGAAUCUGGAGAAAGUGUGAGUAUGAAUUUGUUUUAUCAUAAAGUUUGUUUGUAUACAAAUGCUGACAAAAUUCCGUUGUAAUAAAAUAUCAUCCAAUAGAUUUAUGAUAAUUUAAGUCGAAGUAUAAAUAAUACAAAUUUCUUAUUAGUUAGUUAUGAACAAGUGUACAUAUAGAAUUUAUAAAUGAGCAAUUAUUAAUGUAUCACAUAUUAUCGAGUGAGAGUUUUUGAAGUACAAUAAACAAUUAUAUUAAGUCAGAAAAAGAUUUAUUUCAAUAUUAUAACGGAUUCCGAGAAUGGUAAAAUAAAGUUGAAGAUAUAAUAGUUUAUAAUAAUUGAAUGAUGAACAAUUUAAGGACAUUUUGAUAUGUGAUUGUCCAAUAAAAUAAAGUAGAUCAUUUAGUUCUGAAGUAUUGAUUAGAUCAAUUAUUGAGUAAUAAAUGAUUUAUAAGGUAGUUUUAUUGAAGAAUCAAAAAGUAGAUUAAAUAUAAAAAGCAUAACCAUUAUGAAUUGUGAUAAGAGGAGUGUAAAAUGUAAUGAUUUAUAAAGAGUCUCGUUUUUUAAAAUAUGAACUAAUAAAAUAAAUAGAGGAAUCUAAAGAACCAAUAUUAAGAAAAGAUAGACAGAAUAAAUUCAUGAAAUUCAUUACAUCAACAAAGAGUGUUACAUCAGAUCUGGGAAGAUAAAAUAAAUGUGAUUUUAGUUUAAAGGAUUUCGAUUUAGGAGAUGAAUCAAAAUUAAUGCUUGCUUAAAAAGAAGAUUAAUAAGAAGAAUAAUGA